UGUUGUACUCUAUACUUUAUAUUUAGCCAUUUUGCCAAAAUGUAGACAUUAGAUGCAAACUGGGAGACCAUCAGGGUAUCUGGAAUGUCCCACUGAAAGUCGACGCCAUUCCCAACUCCAGUAGUACUAGUACACACUAUAUGAAGCAGAGGAAAACAGAGUACAGUGAUUGAAACAGUGAUAUGAAAAUGAAAUCAGAGGCUUUGACGUUGGUGCUGGUCAAUCUGGCUGGCAUUAUGGAGAGAGCUGAUGAGGCGUUGUUGCCAGGCGUGUACAAGGAGGUUGGUGAAGCUCUACACAUCGAUCCAACUGGGUUGGGCUCACUCACUCUGUUCCGAUCCUUAGUGCAGUCUUUAUGUUACCCAAUAGCUGCAUACUUAGCUCUUCGCCACAACCGUGCCCAUGUCAUUGCUCUUGGCGCUUUUCUCUGGGCUGCUGCCACUUUCUGUGUUGCCAUCUCCUCCACCUUCUUUCAGGUGGCGGUCUCUCGAGGUUUAAAUGGAAUUGGACUUGCAAUAGUUAUACCUGCUAUUCAAUCCCUUGUUGCUGAUUCAACUGAUGAUAGCAACCGUGGUUUGGCUUUUGGAUGGCUGCAACUGACAGCAAAUCUUGGAUCCAUAAUUGGUGGGCUGUGUGCUGUACUUUUUGCUGCAACUUCUAUCAUGGGUAUACCUGGUUGGAGAAUUGCUUUUCAUCUGGUCGCAAUCAUAAGUGUCAUAGUUGUUGGUAUAUUAGUCCGCCUUUUUGCAAAAGAUCCACGUUUCUAUGAGAGCACUAGUAUAACUAGAAAUCAAAUUCAAAAGCCUUUUUGGUCAGAUGUGAAGGACCUAAUUCAUGAAGCAAAGUCAGUUAUUAGAAUCCCAUCUUUCCAGGUAAUUGUGGCUCAGGGUGUUUUUGGAUCAUUCUCUGGGUCAGCUUGGUCGUUUGCUCCUAUGUGGUUGGAACUUGUAGGUUUCUCCCACGAAGAAACAGCAUUCCUUUGGACUAUACUAGUAAUUGGUGUUUCACUUGGGGGUCUGUUUGGUGGGUGGAUGGGGGAUAUUGUUGCAAAGCGUUUACCUAAUACUGGAAGAAUAAUCUUGUCACAGAUAAGCUCAGGUUCGGCCAUUCCUUUAAUAGCACUUUUCCUGCUUGUACUGCCUUAUGAUCCAUCUACGGCAUUCAUGCAUGGACUGGUAUUGUUCAUUAUUGGAUUUUGUGCAUCUUGGGAAGCUCCAGAAACUAACAAUCCAAUCUUUGCAGAAAUAGUCCCUGAGAAGUCUCGUACAAGCAUCUAUGCUUUGGAUCGAUCUUUUGAGACUAUACUAGCAUCAGUAGCUCCUGCAAUAGUUGGGAUUUUGGCUCAGAAUGUAUAUGGUUAUAAAGCAAAUCGGGAAGGAUCUUCUAACUCUUUAGAAAUUGAUGAAACAAAUAGAGAAAAUGCUGCAUCACUCGCCAAGGCACUCUAUGUAGCAAUUGGUUUUCCAUCGGCAAUUAGCUGCUUCAUCUACUCAUUUCUCUAUUUCACAUACCCACAAGACCGCGAAUGGGCAAGAGUGAAUUCAUUGAUAGUGUCAGAAAUGCAACAGCUUGAGGCUAAUGAUUCUUCUUCAAGUGAAAUUGACAUUAAUGACAAGUCAACUCUGCUUUCCCUAUCAGCUAACAUUCACAGACAUGGAAGGAUGAUGAACUCAAACAAUAAAAAGACUUAAUGGGCAAUUCAUUGUGUGUUUGCUUCUGAAGUUUCUUAAAAUAAACAUACCGUUAGGUUUUUAGUGUUGUCCAAUUCCAUGGCAUUUGCUUUUAAUCCAAUUCUAGAUUGUUGGUGUAAAAUAGCAUGAUGUGUAAAUCUAUAAAUCUGACUAGAAGAGUCUUGAAAUAUUGAAAUUUAUAGCUCGCUUGAACGAGAUCAAGACUUGCUCAAGCUAGAUGGAAGAGGCGAGC